AUGGACACCAACAACGGCCUCAAUGGCCAUGCCCAUGCUGACGAGACUGUCGAGCUGUGGCGGCAUCCAACCCCAGAGACGACCGAGCUCUACACUUUCCAACAGCAUAUUGCCAAGCGUCACGGCGUGAAGUUGUCGUCCUAUCAUGAUCUAUGGCAGUGGUCGGUUCAGAAUCCCGGACCAUUCUGGCGGGAGAUUUGGGAAUAUACCGGCAUCAGGGCUACCAAGGCUCCCUCCUCCACGUUCGACGAUGAAUCUGCCAUGUUCCCCAAACCAGAGUUUUUUGCUGGCUGUGAGCUGAACUUUGCCGAGAACCUGCUCUUCCCCGCCAGCGAUCCCCCAGCAGACUCUCCAGCCAUCAUUGCCGCUUCCGAAGAAGAUCGCGAGACCAUUACGUGGGCUGAGCUCCGUGAGCGCGUCCGAAUAUGUGCUGCCGCUAUGGAUGCUGCCGGCAUCUCGGUGGGUGACCGUGUUGCAGGCUAUCUUGCACAUCAUGCCAACACUGUUGUGGCCAUGCUUGCUGCAACAUCGCUAGGUGCUCUGUGGACUGGCGUCAGUCCCGACACAGGCGUUCAGGCCGUUCUAGAUCGUUUAAUCCAGAUCGAGCCGGUCAUCCUUUUCGUGGACAAUGCCGUGGCCUACAAUGCCAAGACACAUCCAACGCAAGCGAAGGUCGCCGAGGUCGUCUCCAAACUACCCUCACUAAAGAACGUCGUCGUUUUCGAUACCAUCAAAGAGUAUAGCUUCGACCUUGGCAGCAUCCCCGCUCCUUCUGGUGCUAAAGCGCAGACCUCCACCGACUUUCUCUCAUCGGGCUUCCCGUCCCGUCAACUUACCUUUAAAUCCCUUCCUCCCGACCAUCCCGUGUAUAUCCUCUACUCCUCUGGCACAACUGGAACCCCCAAAGGCAUCGUACACGGUGCACUUGGUACUCUGCUGCAGCACAAGAAAGAGCACCAGCUGCAAUGUGAUAUACGACCCAGCGAACGCCUGUUCUAUUUCACCACAUGCACAUGGAUGAUGUGGCACUGGCUGGUCUCUGGUCUCGCGUCCGGCGCCACUCUAAUUCUCUACGACGGCUCGCCAUUCCAGCCACAUAAAGAAAUGUCCAUGCCCCUGAUGAUUGACGAGCUACAGAUCAACCACUUCGGCACCUCGGCCAAAUACCUCUCAGUUCUCGAACAGGCGAACAUAUCUCCUCGUACUGCGACACCCAAGUCCGCCUCCCUCGCAUCUCUCAAAUCCAUCUUUUCCACAGGCAGCCCCCUGGCUCCCUCCACGUUCUCUUACGUCUAUAGCCAACUUUCCCCACCACCACCCCACCCAGGCCUGCUCCUCGGCUCGAUCACCGGCGGCACUGACAUCGUCUCCCUCUUCGGCGCUCCCUGCCCGCUCCUUCCGGUGCACAAAGGCGAAAUUCAAGCGCGUGGCCUCGGCAUGGCCAUCGCUUGCUACGAUGCCUCUGGCAAGGACAUCAGCGCCACUGGCUCCCCGGGUGAGCUAGUCUGCACCGUGCCUUUCCCUUGCCAGCCGGUAAUGUUCUGGCCUCCGGGCGAGGCCGGCGCGCGGCGCUACCAGUCUAGCUAUUUCGAGACAUACACCAACGCUCGAGGACAGCCCAUCUGGCACCACGGCCACUUUGUGCGCUUCAACCCGGUCACCGGCGGCAUUCACAUGCUGGGCCGCAGCGACGGCGUCCUCAACCCCAGCGGCGUGCGCUUCGGCAGCAGUGAGAUCUACAACGUCAUCCUCAAGCACUUUGCGACCGAGGUCGAGGACGCCCUGUGUAUUGGCCGCAAGCGCGAGAGCGAUCCGGACGAGGUGGUGGUGCUGUUCGUCAAGAUGGCCGUAGAUCAAAAAUUCACCGACGAGCUCAAGAAGAAGAUCCAAGAUGUCGUACGUAAGGAGUUGAGUGCCCGGCACGUGCCAGCUGUCAUUACCGAGACGCCUGAGAUCCCUUACACGAUGAACGGCAAGAAGGUCGAGGGCGCGGUCAAGCAGAUUCUGUGCGGUCUCAAUAUCAAGACGAGCGCGAGCGUCGCGAAUCAGGAGUGUCUGGAGUGGUAUCGGACGUGGGCUGAGGAGAACUGA